CGCUUCCGGCAGCUCCGGGGAGGUGUCUGGGGUCGCCAUGGACGUCCUGAAGCGGGAGAUCAGCAGGAAGCGGCAGCAGCUGGAGGAAAAGGAGCUUGUGGGGGGCAACAAGAAAUAUUUCAAACGCAGUGAGCUGGCUAAAAAAGAAGAGGAGGCUUAUUUCCAGAGGUGUGGCUACAAGCCUGUAAAUGAGAAGCCACCUGGAGAGGUACAGCAGGAGGAGGAGGAGGAGAAACCACUGACUUCAUCAAAUCCAGUGCUGGAGCUUGAACUGGCAGAAGAAAAGUUACCAAUGACCCUUUCCAGACAGGAGGUUAUCAGGAGGUUACGAGAGAGAGGUGAGCCAGUCAGGUUGUUUGGAGAAACAGAUUAUGAUGCAUUUCAACGUCUGAGGAAGAUAGAAAUUCUUGCACCUGAAGUGAACAAGGGCCUGAGGAAUGACCUGAAGGCUGCUUUGGAUAAGAUUGACCAGCAGUAUCUGAAUGAAAUUGUGGGGGGCCAAGAAGCAGGAGAUGAUGACUCACAGAAUGACUUGAAGGUCCAUGAGGAGAACACUACUAUUGAAGAACUAGAGGCUUUGGGAGAAUCCUUAGGACGGGGUGAUGAUCACUAUGAUAUGGACAUCAUAACAAAGUUCUUGAAGUUCCUUCUCGGAGUCUGGGCCAAGGAGCUGAAUGCCAGAGAAGAUUACGUGAAACGGGGAGUGCAGGGGAAGCUGAACAGUGCCACUCAGAAGCAGACAGAAUCGUACCUGAGGCCACUCUUCAGAAAACUUCGGAAAAGGACGCUGCCUGCAGACAUCAAAGAAUCAAUAACAGAUAUUAUUAAAUUCAUGUUGCAAAGAGAAUAUGUGAAGGCAAAUGAUGCCUAUCUUCAGAUGGCCAUUGGGAAUGCUCCCUGGCCCAUUGGGGUCACCAUGGUUGGAAUCCACGCUCGGACGGGUCGGGAAAAGAUUUUCUCCAAGCACGUGGCCCACGUUCUCAAUGAUGAAACUCAGAGGAAGUAUAUCCAGGGGCUGAAGAGGCUGAUGACCAUUUGCCAGAAGCACUUCCCAACAGACCCAUCCAAGUGUGUGGAGUACAACGCCUUGUGAGGCUCUGCAGUGUCCAAAACAUGACUCAGAUUUUGCUGUCCAAGGCCCAGAGAGAACUGAAGAGAAAAUUUGUGCUCUUAACACCAGCAGAAACCUAGGGUGGGCUUUGCAAAAAAGCAUCAAGCAGCAGAUUUUCUACAGCUUCCUUUUUACAAGCCCUGUUUAUUUAGAUUUAUUUUUAAAUCUCUGCUUUAUGCAGAACACAUCCAAUGUAUGGAGGAGGAGGGGGUUUGAGGGGUGGUAUGGCCAGGGGACAAUGAAUGUGACCCUUGCUUUUAUUUCCAUUUGUUAUUCAGGGAACCACACAAAUUGAACUGUUUCCCAUAUCUUAGAGCUUUAGAUGAGACUCAGGCCUGCAAGGAGCAUAUGUGGAGUUUUUUGGCUGCUUUCCCCUUGGAGACUGAUGUGGGGAGAUGAUUAGAGGGAAGCAGUUGAAUCUGAAUCUUGGUUAUUUCUGUAAAUAUGAGGACUUUAAUGGGUAAUCUUUCAUGUGGUAUUUAUCAGGAGAAAAAGAAAAAAAAAAGGUUUAUAUGUUUCUCAGCUGAAAGAUACAGCCAGUCUCAGUGUAAAGAGUUUUUGAUCUUGAAUACAUAUGAUUUGGCUUUUUUUUUUUUGUAAUGACAUUUUUAAUAUAAACCUUCUGUGCUUGGGGGAAGUAAUCUUAUGGCUCUUGAAGCUUUCAAAUCCCGUUUUUAUACAUCUGGAGAAAAUUUCAGUCUGCUGGGCAUUGCAGAGAAAAUAAUUAGGACCUCCCAUGACCACGUACAGUAUUUCUAGCAGCCACAAAUCUUUCCUGUUGUGCAUCUUGACUGAGAAGGGUGAAGAAACUCACAGAACCUAUGAUGUGUAAUUCUGUAUAAACAAUGGAACACUCAAACUUUGUUAGUGGUGCAGGUUGAACGUCCGAGGCUGAAAUCCUGUGCUUUUUCUAAUUCGAAGAACAGCAGCACCUCUGCAGGGGUGUUAACAUGUUUCUGGCUGCUCAGGCUUGGAUUCAGGCAGGAAUUUGGAUCUGGUGUCAUGCUACCUCUCCUGUCAGGUCUUCUGGUACCUCUGGACUUGUGUUUUGGUGUCACAGUGAGAGGCUUGGGUACAAUGUGAGCAGAACCACUUCCUGAAGAAAUGUGUUCAUAUUCA